CAUUCAAAAUGUUGACUUGUUGAUUUGAUGUAAAUAAAUAAUCAAAAUCUGUUUCAUCUUCUUAUAUUAUUAAUAAUUUAAUGUAAAGUGAAAGAAAGUGUCAAAAGAAAUGGCGAAUAAACAAGAUUACAACUAUGAGUACACGCCGCUGUGGACGGGAAAUGAGUGAAUCACGGAAACGAAGAUAGGAAUAUUGUGAUGAUGAAGAUAAACACAUAUAGCUUGCACCUAAACACCGUAUAAACAAGGCAUCUAACACAGAACAGUCCAAAGACCACCAGAUGACAUGGUGUUUCUGGCGGCGGCGACGGCUGGUGGUGGCGCUGCUAGCGUUUUUCGGCUUCUUCAACGUGUACGCGCUGCGCGUCAACCUGUCAGUCGCCGUGGUCGCCAUGACAGAACCGGUGGAAACCAAACUGGAUAAUGGGACUGUUGUAUUAAUUCCAGAAUUCGACUGGAGUUCACAAACUAAGGGUUUGGUACUCAGCUCGUUCUUCUACGGAUACCUGAUCACACAGCUCCCAGGCGGCUGGCUAGCGGCUAAAAUAGGAGGUAACAGGGUGUUUGCGAUAGGCAUCGGCGCGACAUCUCUACUGACAUUGUUCACACCGCCGCUAGCGCACACCAGUACUGGCCUACUGAUUGCUGUUAGAGUCGUCGAGGGAUUCUUUGAGGGUGUAACGUACCCGUGUAUCCACGCGGUAUGGUCCCGCUGGGCACCGGGCCCGGAGCGCGCCCGCCUGGCAACGUUUGCCUUCAGCGGCAGCUACGCAGGCACCGUCGUGUCUAUGCCCAUAUGUUCACUACUGGCUCAUUACACUGGCUGGCCUGGCAUCUUUUAUGUAUUUGGUCUAUCCGGUUUGGUCUGGACUACUAUAUGGUGGCUGGUCGUGAAGGAGUCACCUGAGAAGGAUCCUCAUAUAUCUCCCGCUGAACUCAAGUAUAUUCAGGAUUCACGAGGAACGCAGGCAGUGGAGGGAUCAAAGAUACGUCACCCAUGGGGCGACAUGCUCAAAUCUGCGCCAGUCUGGGCCAUCGUCAUGGCACAUUUCAGUGAAAACUGGGGCUUCUACACGUUACUUACUUUCCUACCUACGUUUAUGCAAGAUGUAUUCAAGUUCGAGACAUCUCAAACGGGUUGGCUAUCCGCCGUCCCAUACUUGGCGAUGGCGAUAGUACUGCAGGUGGCCGGACACAUCGCGGACUGGAUGCUGCGGCGAGGGAUGAUGUCCAGGACCAAUAUUAGGAAGCUGUUUAACUGUGGAGCUUUUCUGUCACAGACGGUGUUCAUGGUAGCUGCGGCGUACUCCACGUCAGUGACGGGAUGUGUCGUGUUCCUCACUAUCGCUGUUGGCCUCGGAGGAUUCGCCUGGUCCGGAUUCAGUGUGAACCACCUGGACAUAGCCCCCCCACACGCGAGUGUACUGAUGGGUCUGUCCAACACUAUCGCGACCCUGCCCGGCAUCAUCUCCCCGCCGCUGGCUGGAGCCAUCGUUACUGAUAAGUCUGCAGACCAAUGGCGUAUAGUCUUCUUCAUAUCCAGCGCCAUCUAUCUGAUAGGUGCGAUAAUAUACGGACUCUUCUGUUCCGCGGAGAUACAACCGUGGGUCGUAGAGAUAGACACUGACGCUAGCUUCGACACAGAUGGCGCCUCCGUCACCACUUCACGUGGGUACGAUAACAAGGGCUUAGAUCAAAAUUCUGAAAUGUAAAUUGUUUUUUUUUAAGUGGUUUUGAUGUUUGUGUACGCAGGAGAUUAUGUUUUGUGAGAUUAUGCCGAGUGAUCGAUUUUUUUUUAUUUUCAUUUGUUUUUCGAAAAUCUGAAGUUGAAGUCGAGCUCAAAUUGUAUUUCUUUUUUUGUUUUGUAAAUUAUAAAUUUUGUUUGGAACUAUAAAACUGUUUAAAAUACUUCAAACCUUGUAUAUUAAGAUUUAUUUUAAAACAUCUAUCAUUCAUUGGUUAUCUAAUAUCACAUAGACUUAUGUAAGAACUUUGGAAAAAUCAGUUUUUAAUACUAUAGCUGUUUGCCGAUAUUCAUAUUUCGCGUCAGAUAUUUGUAAUUAUUUGUAUAGUAUCAAUAGUUCUUAUUUUAAGUUCAGUUUAGUUUUUAAGAACAAUAUUUGUUACACAAAAGGGUAAUAGGUACUAGAAAAAUAUUUAAAAAGACUUCAGCAAGGCUAAAAAACUUUUUUUACCAUAAAUUAUGUUUCUUUUUUACCUAAACAUAACUAAUAUUUCCUGGCUGACAUUAAAAAGACAGUACAAGUCUUUCUGUUAACUAAAAUUCAACUUUAUAACAAUAUGUACAGAGUUAAUAAUUGAGUGCCUAUUUAUCCCUGUAAAAUCAUUCCAUUUUUUUAAUAAUAAGAAUAUUUUACUGUAAAUAUUUAUAAAUAUAAGUUGCUUGUGAUAGUAAAAUGAAGUGUUUGUGUAUAAAUUGUAAUGUAUUGAGCCUCGCAUACGUGACCUAUAUUUUGUAUUGACACUAGUUGAUCAAUUUUAGCACUUACUGGUAAAAGAUAGGGUUCAAGUUUUAUUGUAUCAUAAAUGGUUUGCUGUUUCACCAUUUUUAUAGUUGCUGGAAGUUUGAUUUUAAUUAUGUUUAGCAUAGGGUUUAAAUUGCAUUCAUUGGUGGGCCCAUAUAAACAUUUUUGUAUCAGCUAUUUUUGUUUUGUUGAAUAUUUUCGUUGUUGCUCCAAUUUUUACUUUAAAUCUUUUCUACGUAAGGUUGAAAUUGCUUUCUUUUGUGUGUUCAUGUAAUGUAGAUCAGGACUGUAAAAAUUUUCUUCACCCUUAGCUCAUUAUUUUUCAAGUUUAGUCUUUAAUUCUGUUUGGUAUAAGGUUUAAAUUGCAUUACUUCAUGUGCUCAUGUAAUAUAGAUCAUUCCUAAGGCAGGGUUCACUGUUAAUAUUGUAUCUCAAAGAUCUGCUUUUAGUGUAUUAUUUGAUUGUGAUAAAUAUAGGUUUAAGUUAUGAAUUGAUUUAUUGUAAUAUUCAAAUAUUUUAACUACUUCGUUGGACAAGAACUAGCGCAAAUACUAAGCAUAAGGUCUACUAAAAAUCACGGGUUGCGACCGCGCACGCUGUUCAUGAGGAAAAACCCCUCUGUGGUUCGAAACUAAUAGAGC